AUGGCCCCCGCGUGGAGCCUGUCGGGAAUCGGGUUCAAUGGAGGGGGGUGGGAACGCCUGCAUUUGGAGUCAACAAGGUGGUUGGUUCUAGCUAUUACCAUGGUGCGUUUUUAUAUGGAAAAAGGAACACACAAAGGUUUAUAUAAAAGUAUUCAGAAGACACUUAAAUUUUUCCAGACAUUUGCCUUGCUUGAGAUAGUCCACUGUUUAAUUGGAAUUGUACCUACUUCUGUGCUUGUGGCUGGGGUCCAAGUCAGUUCCAGAAUCUUUAUGGUGUGGCUCAUUACUCAUAGCAUAAAACCAAUCCAGAAUGAGGAGAGUGUGGUGCUGUUUCUGGUCGCGUGGACUGUGACAGAGAUUACUCGCUAUUCCUUCUACACAUUCAGCCUUCUCAACCACUUGCCAUACUUCAUUAAGUGGGCCAGAUAUAAUUUUUUUAUCAUCUUAUAUCCUGUUGGAGUUGCUGGUGAACUUCUCACUAUAUAUGCUGCCUUACCAUAUGUGAAGAAAACUGGAAUGUUUUCAAUAAGACUUCCUAAUAAAUACAAUAUCUCUUUUGACUACUAUUAUUUUCUUCUUAUAACCAUGGCAUCGUAUAUACCAUUGUUUCCACAACUCUAUUUUCACAUGUUACGUCAAAGAAGAAAGGUGCUUCAUGGAGAGGUGAUUGUAGAAAAGGAUGACUAAAUGACCUCUACAAACAAGGUGCUUUUUCCAGAAUAACCAGGAUUACUUGAGUCCAAGUUUUAAUAACAAGAAUAAACAACUUCAUGAAAUACUA